AUGGCGCAAGACACAGGACUCUUUAGCAUACGCCGGCCGCGAGAGACUCUGGGCAAUGUGCAAAAUCUAUCUUCCAUUCCUCAACCAUCUUCCGCUUUGAAACGAUCCAGCUCUGUCGCAAACCUCCAGAAUCCACAAUAUACUUCUCAACAUACCCGAUCUACCUCCAUCGCACAAUCUGGAGGCCGACUACAGCAACCAGUUUUCCAACGAAACUCAUCAAGUGGCAAUUUUGGGGCAGAUGGCGCAUUAUCUUCUGUACGACGCUCUGUUUCUAGCAACAUUUUCCACAGCGCCAGUGCCCGUAGGCAAAGCUAUGCCCCCACAUCGAUGGCUCCUCCCCCUCCUCCUCCACAACUCCAACGGAGGAGUAGUGUUCUCUCACGGCCUUCAAUGGGCCCUACCCCUCACCAGUCCUUUUUCGCGCAAACACCAGUCCCGGCAGGGGUACCUAGGGACCCACGUCCCCUGAGAGACCGAAGCUUCCAAGCGCGGAUAAGCCAGGAAAUAUUGGAAUAUCUAACACACAACAAUUUUGAGCUUGAAAUGAAACAUUCCUUGACCCAAAAUACUCUCAGGUCCCCUACUCAAAAGGAUUUCAACUUCAUUUUUCAGUGGCUUUAUCGAAGGAUUGAUCCGGGGUAUAAAUUCCAAAAAAGCAUAGAUUCUGAGGUACCACCGAUAUUGAAACAGUUGAGAUACCCUUUUGAGAAGAGCAUUACAAAAUCACAACUUGCUGCUGUUGGAGGACAAAAUUGGCCUACCUUUUUGGGUAUGCUACAUUGGAUGAUGCAGCUAGCGCAAAUGUUGGAUAAGUACUACAUGGAACAGUACGACUAUGCCUGUGCCGAGGCUGGUGUUGAUGUUACUGGAGAUCGUAUCAUAUUUCGGUUUUUGUCUGGUGCCUAUCACGAUUGGCUCCAAGGCGGUGAGGAUGAAGAUGACGAAGUAGCAGAGAAGCGGCUUGUUCCACAUAUUGAAGCAAUGGCUGCGGAGUUUGAACGGGGGAAUGAAAGAUACCUUCAGGAAAUGGAAGCAUUGGAGAGUGAAAACCGAGCUCUUCGUGAUCAAGUUGAAGAACUUGAGAAGAACGCCCCAGAUAUUGCAAAACUGGAAAAGCAUUUCAAGAUUUUGGAAGAUGAUAAAAGGAAAUUCGAGGACUACAACCAGAAUGUUCAGGGAAAGAUCGAUAAAUAUGAUAACCGUAUAAAAUUACUUGAAGACGAGGUUCAGAAAGUAGAUGGCGAGCUUCAAAAGGCGGAAGAAGAGCGGAGUGGGUUGCAGUCGAGUGUUGAUAAACAGGGAAUUACCAUACAGGAUAUUGACCGCAUGAAUACAGAGCGCGAUCGGCUUCAAAAAAGCGUGGAUGACAUCCUCAUCAAAUUAGAAGAGACCCAUGCCAGAGUAAUGGAAAAAGAAGGGGAAGCCAAUCGAAAACUCGAAGAGCUGGAAGAAAUUGUUAAAGUGUAUAAUACGCUCGGUUAUCAAAAUGGACUGAUCCCGUCUACCGCGACAAAUGCGAAAGGAACGGAUCUCGAGCUACGGCUCGAUUUGAACGAAAAUAAUUUCUCGUCCUCACAACUCGGAAGGUCGCAAACUCGAGGGUCACCGGAAGGGGAUCGAUUAUUGGCAGACACAUUCACUGGCUAUACUCCAGCUAACUUCAUUAAUUUGGAUCUUCGUGGUGUCGUCCGAAGUAAUUUUGUUGCGCUACGAAAAGAAAUAUACGAAAGGCGUAAGAUUGCUCUUGACGACGACAUGAAUCGCCGGGACUUACUCGAUAAUAUCAAAGAAGCGAUGGAAGAAAAACGGAGCGAGGUUGAAGCUUUGGAACACAAACGGCGAGCCGCAGAAGAGGAGUUUGAAAGAACUAAGGAGAUCACGACAACCCAAAAGCUUGCAUCCGAUGCCCAGAUAGAAAAGAUGGAAAAAGAGCUUGCAAAGAUGCGUGGGAGUCUGACAGAAAGUGUUCAACUCAUGGAACAAAGAGAGAUGAACACGAACAUCGAGUAUGAGCAACUGGUAUUGCGAGCAAAUGCUUUGCGGGAGGAGCUUCAUACCGGAAUUGAAAGUAUGCUAAAUGAUACGAUCCGAUUCAAAGUUCAUAUCCAAAAAGGGUUGGAGGACUACGAAAACUUUGUCGUCGAUCAGGUGGAACAGGAGCUAGGUGGGGAUGAUGCUGAAGGUGAAAUUAACGAUGCUGAAGUUGAAUGA